AUGAGUAUUUGUGGAUGGAAAUGGAUUUAUGACAUUCAAAACUUGGCAAAUUGGCGAGUUAAAUUCCAUUUUCGUCUCUUUCGACUCGCUUUCUUAAUCUGCUAUGAUAUUCGCAUUCUCGCUGAAUAUCAAACUUGUGUCCUACAACCAAGUCAUCGAUUAUUAUGGAAUCCACCAAUCCACUCUCUUUUUCGCUUCUUUUUAAUUAGGAAAUGGUUAUGUACUGGUGACUAA